GGAGGGUCCAGGGCACCACCUGCCAGCGGGCGGGGGACUCAUCUGCCACCUGCCAGGGGCUGAGGGUUGCUCGGGGCGCACCACAAGGGCCAGCUGCGCUCACCCAGCCUACCUGUGGCCCGGCUCUGCUCUGAGAGACGGAGGCCCAGGAGCCAUGGGUGACUGGGGCUUCCUGGAGAAGCUGCUGGAUCAGGUCCAGGAGCACUCGACUGUGGUGGGCAAGAUCUGGCUGACGGUGCUCUUCAUCUUCCGCAUCCUCAUCCUGGGCCUGGCUGGCGAGUCAGUGUGGGGUGACGAGCAGUCAGAUUUCGAGUGUAACACGGCCCAGCCGGGCUGUACCAACGUCUGCUACGACCAGGCCUUCCCCAUCUCCCACAUCCGCUACUGGGUGCUGCAGUUCCUGUUCGUCAGCACGCCCACCCUGGUCUACCUGGGCCAUGUCAUUUACCUGUCUCGGCGCGAGGAGCGGCUGCGGCAGAAGGAGGGGGAGCUGCGGGCACUGCCGGCCAAGGACCCACGCGUGGAGAGGGCGCUGGCAGCCGUAGAACGUCAGAUGGCCAAGAUCUCAGUGGCAGAGGAUGGUCGCCUGAGGAUCCGUGGGGCACUGAUGGGCACCUAUGUGGCCAGCGUGCUCUGCAAGAGCGUGCUAGAGGCAGGUUUCCUGUAUGGCCAGUGGCGUCUCUACGGCUGGACCAUGGAGCCUUUGUUUGUGUGCAAGCGCCCCCCGUGCCCCUACCUGGUAGACUGCUUCGUCUCACGCCCCACGGAGAAGACCAUCUUCAUCAUCUUCAUGCUGGUGGUCGGACUCAUCUCCCUGGUGCUCAACCUGCUGGAGCUGGUGCACCUGCUGUGCCGUCGCCUCAGCCGAGGGAUGAGGGCCCAGCAGGGCCAGGACACACCCCCAGCCCAGAGCACCUCCUCCCAGCCUUAUGCCGACCAGGUCUUCUUCUACCUCCCCAUGGGCGAGGGGCCCUCGUCCCCGCCAUGCCCCACCUACAAUGGGCUCUCAUCCAGUGAGCAGAACUGGGCCAACCUAACUACAGAGGAGAGGCUGGCUGCUUCCAGGCCCCCCUUCUUCCUGGACCCACCCCCAGAGAGUGGCCGAAAAUCCCCCAGUCGCCCCAGCAGCUCUGCUUCCAAGAAGCAGUAUGUGUAGGAGGCUGGGGCUUAUGUCACCCAACAGAGGGGCCCUAGGGAGUAUGUCUGCCCAGGACGUCCCCUCCUUGAAGACUCUGCGGAGAUGAUGGGGGCUGGGGGAAGCAGGUGCUUCUCGGCCAGAGGGCUGUUUUUGAACACCGGGGGCCUUCCUGGUGACCAGAGAGCACCAUGGUCUUCCCUCCAGAACGUGGAUUUGCCCAGGCACAGCCAGCCAGCUUGGGGUGCUUCUGUCCAAGGGUGUUGUGGGCCACCAGGCCUUUCCAUCUGAUUCAGAGGGACCCAAAGCCAGUUUACCCCCACUCUCACCAUCAUCGAAGAAUCACCUGUGCUCAGGUUGUCCUCACAGGAAAAGACUGCUCAAGGCUGCUGGGUCAGCCUGGAUGUCUCGCUCACUCACACACACACACACACACACACACACACACAGCCUGUGCUGGGUCUAGCCCUGUCAAGGGGACUGUGUCUUGGUCUCAUCACUCCUUCCCAGUUCUGCUGUUUAUGCUUCUAAAAUAAACAGGACUUGAUCACAA